UCAACAGCAUCUACAUCGAGAGCGACAACAGAAAGACAUUCGACAACAGCAACAACAUCUACAUCGCGAGAAACAUCAAAUAACGUGUUUACUGAAACAAUACCAUCUACAACGAAAAAUGCAACAAGAAAUCAUUCAACUACAUCGACAAGGUCUACACCGAGCGGACCAGGAAUGGUUCCAUCAACAUCAGCACCAUUUACACCAAAAGUGACAACAGAAAAGAAUCCAACGACAUCAGAACCACCAACAACGAAAGCAGCAAGAAAAAUGGUCUCGGCCACAUCACCACUAUCUUCAUCGAGAGAAACAACAAGAUUGCUUUCAACGACAACACCAUCCACAUCAAGAGUGACAACAGACAAAGAUUCAGCGACAUCAACACCAUCUUCAUCGAGAGCGACAACAGAAGGACAUUCGACGACAGCAACAACAUCUACAUCGCGAGAAACAACAAAUAACGUGUUUACUGAAACAAUACCAUCUACAACGAAAGAUGCAACAAGAAAUCAUUCAACUACAUCGACAAGGUCUACACUGAGCGGAACAGGAAUGGUUCCAUCAACAUCAGCACCAUUUACACCAAAAGUGACAACAGAAAAGAAUCCAACGACAUCAGAACCACCAACAACGAAAGCAGCAAGAAAAAUGGUCUCGGCCACAUCACCACCAUCUACACUAAAAGUGACAACAGAAAAGAAGCCAGCGACAUCAGCACAAUGCAAAGAGGCCGCACUAGGAAUGGAAAACAUGAAGAUUUCUGACUCUCAGAUAACUGCAUCAACUGAAUAUUGUGAGAAAUAUUCCACACGAAAGGCUCGAUUGAAUGGCCCUGGUUCCUGGCGUGCGAAACAAAAUGAUUCAGAUCCAUGGAUUGAAGUUGAUCUUAGCAGAAAUGAAACUAUCACAGAGAUUGCAACUCAAGGAUCGAGAUGGGGAUCGGGAUUGGGAUCGGGAACGUAUGGUCAUUGCAAGUCAUGGGAGGUUGCAUUUGGAUUACAAAAUGGAAAGAUUCGCAAUUCUCAGUUGAGAUCUUCGAGUGUUUACCAAAAUAAGACGAUUUACUCCGAAAAAAAUGGGCGAAUGAAAGGCAAAAACUCCUGGAGCCGAGUGCAGACAAACGACAACAAGCAAUGGAUUCAGGUUGAUCUUGGUGGAGAGGAAAUCGCUACGGGAAUUGCCAGUCAGGGUGAUGGGAACUCCAGUAACUGGGUGAAGUCUUACUUCGUGUCAUACAGUUUGGACGGAAUAAUUUACAAGAAUUACACAAACGACGGAGAUAACAAGGUAUUUAAUGGCAAUGAGGACCAGAUGUCUGUCGUUACAAAUGUACUAUCUCCAGCAAUAACCGCGCGUUAUAUCCGCAUACAUCCAGUAUCUUGGUUUCACAACAUAUCUCUGAGGAUCGAAGUUAUUGGUUGCUACACAGGUUCUUGCAACAGAAGUGAGGUUCCACUUGGAGUGAGCGAUAAAAAGAUGACAUCAUCAACUGAGAAAAGUAGAUUUUCUGCAUCAGAUGGGAGAUUAUACUGGGGGAAUGGUUGGCGUCCCACAGAAAACAAUCAGAGCCAAUGGCUCCAAGUCGAUCUUGGCCAGAAGGAACUUGUUACAGCGAUUGCCACUAAAGGUUCUGGCACUGGUUAUUGGGUGAAAACUUAUUCGAUUUCUUACGGUGUGGAUAAAGUAAACCUUACUUCAUACAAAAUCAAUGCAACUCAGAAGGUGUUCGAUGGAAAUACGAACGGAAAUUCUGUUGUGACAAAUGUCUUAUCACCAGCUGUAACAGCUCGUUAUAUCCGCAUACACCCAAAGACAUGGAACAAUGGCAUUUCCUUGAAAGUGGAACUUUAUGGUUGUCCAAGAGUGAAUACUAUUCCUUGUAAAGCUGGUGAAAAGACACUUGGCGUUGAAGAAAAUAAAAAAGUUAAAGAUUCUCAAUUGACUUCUUCGAGCAAUUGGAAAACAAGUCACUCAGCAGCUUAUGGACGAUUGUACAACUACAGUGGAGGAGUGAGAGCAGGGUGGAGAGCUGGAUGGAGAGCAGGAGUAAACGACAAGAACCAGUGGAUACAGGUUGAUCUUGGCAAGAAGGAAGUUGUCUCAGGAAUUUCCACUCAGGCAGGAGGAUAUUAUCAAAAUUCUUAUCAUGAUUUUUGGGUGGAGACUUAUUUCGUGAAGCAUAGUUUGAAUGGAACAACGUUCGAGUCUUACAAAGAUGGAGGUGUUGAUAAGAUAUUCGAUGGGAAUUAUGACUGGGGUAUCAUUGUGAAGAAUGUUCUGUCUCCACCAAUCACUGCUCGUUAUAUUCGUAUACAUCCAGUGUCUUGGCAUGUCAACAUAUGUAUGCGAAUUGAGCUUUAUGGUUGUUACUGAGGGAGAUGUAAACAGUUGAAGUUUCAAAGCCAGGAUGAUAUAAUAUAGAAAUUGUAGAAUGGCUAAUGACUGGGAAAAGUUUUCCUAAUAAUUAUAUUAUUGUAGUUCUUGGCUUGGUAAAUCUUAAUAUACGAAGCAGUUUAACAUAAGGUUAGUAGAUGAUAAAAUGAACAGUUUGUGGUGUUAAUGACAGUAGUAUUAGCAACAAAUAAAUCAGCAAGUAAAUUAGCUUGUAAGUACCCCAUGCACGUAGGUCUUUAUUGCUGCAAGGCUUUCGGUCCGUUAACCCGGGCCUUCAUCAGUGCAAU